AUGGUCGAGUCAUCCGCCAUCGAGCCCGACUCCAAGGUCUCAUCGCCGUUCCAGACGACUCCGCGGGCUCGCUCGCCUUCGUGCGCCGCGGCGCCCAACUUUCUCAGUGACCGCGCGGCCAGCACCGAGAUUGACGGGACUGACAGCAGUGCCGGGCGCCCGAACCCGACGACGUUCCCGUUCGAGAGCAUCACGCUCAACAUCAAGCCUCCGCUCGACGGGCGUUCCUCCGAGUCUGUCGCUGUGCAACUGGACGGCGAGGCGCUGAACGAGGCACUGCAGUACGGCCCCAGUGCGGGCCUCUCGAGCAUCCGCGGCUGGCUCACCGACCUGCAGGCGCAGGUGCACAAGCGCGAGAUCGGCGAGAACUGGGCCGUGAGCCUGGGUAGUGGCUCGCAAGACCUGAUGAGCAAGUGCUUCCAAGCGGUCCUGAACCCCGGCGACCCCAUCCUGGUCGAGACGCCAGUCUACUCCGGCGUACUGCCCACGCUGCGCCAGCUGGGCGCCAAGUGCAUCGAGGUCGACGUCGACGACGAGGGCCUCAGUGCCGACCGCUUGGCGGCUAUUCUCGACAACUGGCCCGCUGGGGAGAAGAAGCCGCGCGUCAUUUACUCUACCCCUGUCGGCUGUAAUCCCUCGGGAUGCUCGAGCUCGGCGCAGCGCAAACUCGACGUGCUCCAGGUUAUGAAGAAGCACGACCUGUUGAUGAUGGAGGACGACCCAUACUACUACCUCACCACGCCCCUGAUCCCGUCCUACUUCGAGCUCGAGAAGCAGGUCUUCCCGGAGGGCGGGCACGUCGUGCGCUUCGAUUCCUUCUCCAAGCUCCUGUCUGCCGGCAUCCGCCUCGGCUUCGCAACAGGACCAAAGGACAUCCUGCACGCGAUCGACGUGCACACGGCAGGCGCGAAUCUGCACACGUCCGCACUCGCGCAGGCCAUAGCGCACAGCCUGUUGUCGCACUGGGGCAUCGACGGGUUCCUCGCCCAUUCCCGCGCCGUCUCCGAGUUCUAUCGCGAGCGUCGUGAUCGCUUCGAGGCUACGGCCAGGAAGGAAUUGGGCGAUUUGGCCACCUGGGUCUCCCCCGUCGCAGGCAUGUUCCUCUGGAUCGACCUGUCCCCGGGCGGGAUUGAGGAUAGCUACAAGCUGAUCCGGAACGAGGCACUCGCCAAGGGUGUGCUUGCUGUGCCUGGGGCUGCGUUCUACCCGAGUGGGAGGAAGAGUCCCCACGUCCGCGUAAGUUUCUCGGUCAUCGACCUCGAGGACGAGUCGCCGGAGGGAUUCCGCCGUCUCGCCGAGGCGAUUCGUGAUAAGCGCAAGGAACUCGGGCUCGAGUGA